AUGAAGGCGCUCCGCCUCUUCCGAACGCGACCACCAUUACCUUCGUUCUGCACCGACACAGCGCGGCAGGUUGGACCUUCGCGCUACGUCUCGCGCCUUGCCAGACCUUUUCACAGCUUCAGAGUGAGCCAAGCUCGCCGCUACCCUACUUUACGUAGUCUACCCCAGUGGUAUUCCCAACCAUUUAAGUCUCCAGCUCCUCGCCGGCCCUACUCCAAUCAUACAAAUCCACACACGCAAGCAACCGCUCAACUCACUUUCUCUCAACGAUUUCGAAAGCUUGGCCGUGAGUAUGGCUGGUCCGCGACAGGCAUCUAUUUUCUCCUCUCUGCCCUAGACUUCCCCUUCUGCUUCGCUGCGGUGCGAUGGCUUGGGCCAGAGCGAGUAGGGAACGCUGAGCGAGUAGUUGUUGAUGGGGUUCGGGGAUUCAUUCCUGAUAACGUCAAGACAGAAUGGAAUCAGCUGAAAGUAAAAUUGAAAGAAGUAGCGGGACGUGGUAUUGAAGAUGGGAAGGUGGGAGGAAAGAUUCAAGCAGAGCAGCAUGGCCUAGUUGCGAUUGCAGAAGUCGGGGAUGGAUAUGAUUACGAUCAUGGUGUACGGGAGGCGGAGAGGGAAAAUCGAGGUGAACAUGCAAGUCUAUGGACACAACUUGCUCUUGCUUAUGCUAUUCACAAGAGCUUCAUUUUCAUCAGACUACCGAUUACAGUAGCUGUAACCCCAAAAGUGGUGAAGGUGCUCAGAGGCUGGGGCUGGAACAUAGGGAAGAGAAAACCGAAAGGCCUGUAG